ACUUGUGCUUUGUGAUUGGUCCGGUGGCUUCUGGGAUCUGUCAUGUGCCCCAGGUACUGCCUUACCAUUCACAAAAAGCACCGCUUCUUGCGCAUGCGCACUUGGCACCCGGCUGUCAAGCCCAGCGCCCACACUACAGAAGCCGGGAAGACAGCGCGCCGCUGGAUAGAGGAACAGGUAAGGUCCCGCUGCAGAGCUGAGCGGCCGGCCCGGUAUUCUGACACGACGGCGGUGGAAAUACCGGACCCGCUGCUCCAUAUUCGCUCCAUAAGACGCACUGAC